AUGGCAUCUCUGACACCGCCCCAGCCACCUCCGUCCUGGACGCACUCUGCGGAACAGGUCCUCGAGCUCACGAAAGAUGCAAUCGCGAAGGAUCGCGAGCUGAAGGACAGCGUUGCAGCGCUGCCUUCUGCUGAUUGUAACUUUCCAUCCGUGUUCGUUGUACUUGCAGAGGCAGAAGCAAGGUUCGACAGCAUCAUCGAGCCGCUGUCGUUCUACCAGAACGUCUCGUCGUCAAAGGAGCUACGGGAUGCAUCGAACGCCGGGGAGGUCCUAGUGCGCGACUACGGUGUGGAGUCGUCCAUGAGGCUGGACGUCUUCCAGGCGAAGGUCGCCGCGGAGAAAAACAUCAAAACUAGCGGCGAGACGUUAGGCCCUGAGGAACAACGCCUCAUUGAAAAGAUGCUGCUCGAUGGGAGGCGGGCGGGUCUAGCGCUACCCGAGAAGGAAAGGGAGGAGCUGAUGAAACUCAAGAAGGAACUAUCCCAGGCAUCCCUGGAGUUUAGCAAAAACUUCAACGAGGAGAACAAUAAAGUCUCAUUUACGUUGGAGGAGCUCAAGGGUGUUCCUGCCGACGUAAUCUCCGGCUAUUCGAAGCGCACGGAAGGAGACAAAGAAUUGUAUGACAUUACUAUGAAGACGCCUGAUAUUUUCCCUGUGUUCAAGAACUGUCAAAAUCCAGAAACACGACGGAAAGCAUACGCACGUUAUGACGCGCGACUCGAGGUCAACGCGCCCAUACUUGCGAAGAUGUUGGACUUGCGACGAAGGAUCGCUGCGAUCCUCGGAUAUCCGACCUGGGCAGACUACAUAACAGAAGUGAAGAUGGUGAAGAACUCGAAGAACGUGAUCGAUUUCCUAGCGGACCUGGAACAAAAACUGACGCCCAUCGGAGAAAAGGAGCGUGUUGUGCUCCUGAAGCUCAAGGAGGAAGAACAUGCAGCGAAUGGCCACCCGUUCGACGGCAACUUCUACACAUGGGACUACUGGUACUACCACCGCGUGCUGCUCGAGAUCUCGCUUAAGCUGGAUGACCAGAAGGUCAAGGAGCAUUUUCCCGUCAGCACGGUGGUGCCUGCGAUCCUCGACAUCUACCAGAACCUGCUUGGCGUGCGGUUCGUGGAAAUCAAGGGCGAGACGUGGCAUCCUGAUGUCCAGCAAUUUGCAGUAUGGGAGAACGAUGCGAAGGACGAGUCGGGCUUUGUCGGGUAUUGCUAUUUGGACCUCUUUCCUCGUGAAUCGAAAUAUUCCCACGCGGCAGUAUGGCCCUUGCUCCCAGGAUACAUCCGUCCUGAUGGCACGCGGAGCUACCCGCUAGCAGCGAUGGUCGCAAACUUGGCAAAGCCCACACCGACCACUCCGGCGCUGAUGCCGCACAAUGAUGUCGUGACGUUUUUCCACGAGAUGGGGCACGUCUUCCAUGGGCUGUUGAGCAGGACGCGGUUCUCUAGGUUCCAUGGGACGUCUGUGGCAGGUGACUUUGUGGAGGCGCCCUCGCAGAUGCUCGAGAAUUGGUGCUUCGAGCCAGUGGUGCUCGAACGCAUGUCAAGCCAUUACGAGACGAAGCAGCCGCUCUCGAGAGAUCUCAUCGACAAGAUCAUCAAGAGCCGGUACGUCGACGUCGGGCUGUUCUACCUCCGUCAAGUCUUCUUUGCCAAAUUUGACAUCAAGGUGCAUACUGACAAGGAACCGACUGACUACACGGCACUAUGGAACGAUCUGCGCGCGUCGACUACUAAGAUCAGCUCCGAUCUCCGCUCUGCAGGCCAGGGUUCAUUCAACCACAUCGCAAGCGGUUACGAUGCUGGAUACUACGGGUACACGUAUUCGUUGGUCUUCGCCGCUGAUAUGUACGAGACAGUAUUCAAGCAAGAUCCCCUCGAUCCAGUGCGAGGCGCACGCUACAGGAAAUCGAUACUGCUCCCAGGUGGCAGCAGAGAGGAGCUCGACUCACUCAAGGAAUUCUUGGGCCGUCCGCCCAAUUCGGAGGCGUUCGUCAAGGAGCUCUUCGGCCAGACCACGACGACUGGCUCGAAUCUCUGAUUCAAAUGGGGAUCCUCGAUUGGACUUUACAAGCAGUUACAGAUUGAAAGAGAGUGGCGAGCGAGGUCUUCGCGAUCGUGAAGCACCGAGAGUAGUGCAGGACGGACGGACGUGUGAUCGAUCGCGAAGCGGGGUUUUCUGGCUCUCCGACCUCAUCAAUGCUGUGGCUGUGAUGUCGCCGUCCCUGCACAGUACUCGCACCCUCCCUUCUACACCGUCUGGUUAUGAGACUACUGAAGCAUCACUGUGUCUGCGUGUCUGCAUGUAAAUACAAGAAACUGGAGCUGGGAUCCUUCCGGUACGAGUCCCAUCAAUACUAAACUCG